AUGCGUACCUACGACGACGCCUUCAGCGGUCAGAAGAUCUACCCCGGAAAGGGUAAGCUGUACGUCCGAGGCGACAGCAAGGUCUUCCGUUUCCAAAAUGGCAAAAGCGAAUCUCUCUUCCUUCAACGCAAGAACCCUCGCCGGAUAGCCUGGACCAUCCUUUACCGAAGACAGCACAAGAAGGGUCUUUCUGAAGAAGUUGCCAAGAAGCGUACCCGCCGUGUCGUUAAGCACCAGCGUGCCAUUGUCGGUGCCUCUCUCGAUGUCAUCAAGGAACGCCGAACCAUGCGCCCAGAGGCCCGUAUCGCAGCCCGCCAGGCCGCCAUGAAGGAAGCUAAGGAGAAGAAGUCCGUUGCCGAGAGCAAGAAGAAGGCCGAGAAGGCCAAAGCCGCCCAAGCCGCUUCCCGAGGACAAAGUGGACGAAUUCAGAGCAAACAGGGUUCCAAGGGAUCUGCUCCCAAGGUUGCUGCUAAGUCUCGUUAA